UCAUAAGUGAGGAAACCAGCCAAUAUGUAUACGAUCGUACGGUGUACUAAUGACUUGUACAUCCACUUAAGCUUGAUGCCUACGAAAAAUCAACUGGAUUUUGCAGGUUUUUCCCCAUACCUCCAUGGCGUCGUCACUUGUCGACGACAGUUUUCCCGUAGCUGGGUUGCUACCAAAGAAGGAGACAGGAGCUUUGACAUUUCUGUCCAAAUACCCAGAUUUUGAUGGAAGGGGAGUUACAAUUGCCAUACUCGAUACGGGCGUCGACCCAGGAGCACCAGGUUUACAGAUAACUACACAUGGGCUUCCAAAGGUUGUGGACAUCAUUGAUACAACAGGAAGUGGUGAUGUUAACACGUCAACAGUUGUUGAGGCAAAAGAUGGUGAAAUCACAGGGCUUACAGGAAGAAAACUCAAGAUCCCACCGAGUUGGCAGAACCCAACGAAUCGAUACCACAUAGGUGUAAAGAAUGCCUACGAGCUAUACCCCAAGCAACUGAAAGAAAGGAUACAAAAAGAGCGAAGAGAGAAGUUAUGGGAUCCUCUGCACAGAGUAGCACUGGCUGAAGCUAUUAGAAAGUUGGAUGCCUUUGACAAUGCUCAUCCACAUCCUACAAAACAGGAAGAGAAGCUGACUCGUGAAGAUUUAUCUGCACAAGUUGAUAUAUUAACCACAGCUGAUAAAAAAUUCAGUGACCCCGGUCCUGUCUAUGACUGUGUUGUCUUCCAUGAUGGAGAAACUUGGAGAGCCGUGGUUGAUACCUCAGAGACCGGCGACCUAGCUUCAUGUGUGGUGCUGACAAGCUUUAAGGAGUCCCAACAAUAUGCUGCAUUCACAUUAGCAGACAUGCUAAAUUACUCCAUCAAUGUGUACGAAGAUGGUAGCGUGUUAAGCAUUGUUACCAACGCCGGUUCCCAUGGAACCCAUGUUGCGUGUAUAGCAGCUGCUUAUUUUCCUGAUGAACCUGACAAGAAUGGAAUUGCUCCAGGUGCUCAGAUAUUGGUUAUAAAGAUCGGUGAUUCCAGGCUCGGCUCCAUGGAAACAGGAAGUUCAUUAGUAAGAGCUAUGAUAGCUGUAAUGGAACACAAGGCUGACCUGGUGAAUUUUAGUUAUGGAGAAGCAGCACAUUGGCCUAACUCAGGACGUGUAUGCAACAUCAUCACUGAAGCUGUUAAUGACCAUGGUGUUAUCUUUGUUUCAUCGGCUGGGAAUAAUGGUCCAGCAUUGUCAACAGUUGGUUGUCCAGGUGGAACCACAUCAAGUGUCAUAGGUGUUGGUGCAUAUGUCUCACCAGAAAUGAUGGUUGCUGAAUAUUCAUUAAGAGAGCGUUUACCUGGCAUGGCUUAUACUUGGUCAUCCAGAGGUCCAAGUGUGGAUGGUGACCUUGGAGUAAGUAUUACAGCUCCAGGAGGUGCUAUAACCUCCGUGCCAAACUGGACCUUAAGAGGGUCACAGCUUAUGAAUGGAACCUCAAUGUCUUCCCCAAAUGCCUGUGGAGGAAUUGCAUUGAUCCUGUCAGGUCUGAAGGCAGAGAAGAUUUCCUACACUCCUCACUGCAUUCGCAGGGCCUUAGAGAACACUGCUCUCAGUGUUGAGAGGGUAGAGAUAUUUGCACAGGGUUAUGGUCUCAUACAGGUUGAAAAGGCAUUUGAGCAUCUUGUAAGCUUCUCUGAUUGUCCAACGUGCAAUCUAAGGUUCUCCAUUUCAACUGGUUCUAAAAGAGGAAUCUAUAUCAGGGGAACAAAACAAUCAGAGAAACCUCGAGAAUGCAACGUCACCAUAGAGCCAAAAUAUGGAGAUGAUAUCGGUGCUCAGGAGAAGAUUUCAUUCACCAUGCAGACAACGCUAGUGUGUGAAGCAUCUUGGGUAUCUAAUCCAUCCCAUCUAGCGUUAAUGAAUGCUUCUCGUGCUGUAUCUAUACGAGUUGAUCCGAGAGGGCUUAGUGAAGGGGUUCACUAUACUGAGGUUCAGUGCUUCGACACAGCUAAUCCACACAAAGGACCUUUAUUCAGGAUACCAAUUACUGUAGUAAAGCCACUACAAACAAGCAAACAGUAUGAGCUGACUUGGAGUGAGAUAGAGUUCAAGCCAGGUCAGAUCAGAAGAAGCUUUAUUCAGGUACCAGAAGGUGCUACGUGGGCAGAGUUAACUGUGACAUCUCUGGACCCAGAACAAAGUUCUAAAAUUGUACUUCACUGCAUUCAACUAGAAGAUCACAUGGCUUAUAGAAGCAACGAAUUCUACAAAUUCUUCCAGCUGCAGGAGUUAGGGCAGUCAACAUAUCCAUUCUCUGUCAGAGGUGGAUUAAUACUAGAUCUGGUUGUUGCUAAGUGGUGGGCAAGCCUUGGCAACACUAAGAUCACCUACAGUAUAUCCUUCCACAGUCUAGACAUGAACCAAAAGAUGAUUCAGAUGCAUGCAGCUAAUGGUGUCUAUCGUUUUGACGUCCGAUCUCAUUUGAAAAUUGAGGAAGUCUCACCAACAAUCACCAUAAAAAACUGUGUACAACCGCUCAGGCCCAAUGAUUGUAAGAUAAAUCCUCUAGGAGCAAGGGAUGUUCUUCCUAAUGGCAGACAGAUAUAUGAGAUAGUCCUAACCUACAACUUCCACCAGAGCAAGACUUCCGAGAUUACUCCCAACUGUCCAUUACUGAGCGACCUUCUAUAUGAGUCGGAGUAUGAGAGCCAAUUGUGGUUGUUGUUUGAUAACAACAAGCAGUAUAUGGGAGCAGGAGAUGCUUAUCCUAAUCAGUACACAAUCAAACUAGACAAAGGAGACUACACCAUUCGGCUUCAAGUACGUCAUGAGCACAAAGAUCUCCUGGAGAAACUUAAAGACAUGGUUAUGUUAAUAGAUCAGAAACUCUCCUCAAGUCUUAAUGUGGACUGCUAUCAGACCAUGUCUAAUGCACUCAAUGGCAAGAGUAAAUUCAACACGGUAACAGUACAAUCUGGAGAUUCUGUGGCUGUGUUUGUCCCACCGGUAUCUGACGACAAACUACCAAAAGGAGCCUCACUGGGUCAAAUGUUGACGGGAACUAUCACUCUAGCCAAGCAUGAACCGGGCAAAACGGGUCGGAGAAAGAAGGGUCAUAUGGCAGGCUGUGUGAGUGAUGGAAAGAGAAAUCUUGGUCCCAGGCCUGACAGCUAUCCUUUCAUCUAUGUCCUCACACAGACACCUCACAAGCCUCAUGUCACUAAAACAGAAAAAGCCAAAGAAAAAACCAAAGAAGAGGAAUUUCAGGAGGCACUGCGAGACUUCAAGAUCUCAUGGAUCACAAAGUUGGAAAGUGACACUUUGUACCAAGAACUGCUAGCGAGUUACCCCAAUCAUCUCCCGUUACAUGUCACGCAAGUAACAGCCAAGGAUUCCCACAAGGAUCGGAAUAAGAUGUUGCCUGAGAUAGUACAACUUGCUGAUAAGGUGGUCUCCCUCAUUGACCAGUCGGCAUUAGCAAGUUACUUUGCAAUGAAGACUGAUACAAGACCAGAUGCUCAGUCAUUCAAGGUUGAGAAUGAAAAACUGAAGGCAUAUUUGAUUAACUGCCUGGUCAUCAAAGGUUGUGCUCUGGCUGAUAGAAUACUUGCCAUCAGAGCAGAAGGUGAAACCACAUCAGAAGAAGAAACAAAACUCCUAGAGCAAAUGAAUCAAACCUUCAAUGAUGUACAAAAGUGGGCAGAGUCAGAAGAGAAGAAGGUAGGCACACGGAAGAAGGUGCUUCCAUUUACAGUGAAGUUUGCUCAAGUACGCAACUACUACGGGCGUCAGCUGAAAGGAUUAAUAAAGCUAAAUGAUGAUUCCAGGCCAAGCAAGGAAUCAGACAGGAAAGCUAUAGAGGUUUACAAGAAGCUAGGCUGGGAUCACUUGGUGCGUCAUACAGAAAACAGCAUACCUGUCAAGUACCCUCCUCACUAUAUCCCAUUCUAGGUUUGAAUUAUACGUUGUUAUGCAGACACCUGUCUGUCCAUCUAGUAUCCUCCCCACUGUGAGCCAUUAUAAACUUGGUAAAUGCAUUGAAAAGAGUCAGUGAUGCCUCCCACAUGCACAGACAAGAAGUCUAACUUCUGGUUUUCUCAAGCAACAGCAAAUUGUACUGUCGUUGUCCCAUGAUUUUGUAGUUUCAUACUCUGCUCCUACUUUCCAGCAUAAUGAGUGCUGAGCGCCAACCCCUGACACUGUGUACUUAUUCUUCCAAGUUGCAUGCAGAAAAGAAGCUGUUUUUCCAAGAGAUACAUUCAAGACGUCAAACUCUAGCGCUGCACAUACUCUCAGGAGCAGUUCGUUUUCAGAAAGAAAAAUCAAGAUGGCCCUUUUGUAUUUGGUAGAUUUGUAAGAUUCUUCUAGAUUCCUUUCUUGUAUUUUCCUUUGUAAGUGUAAGUGUAAUUUUUUCCCCCAACUUCCUGCUUGUAGUCUGUUCAAGGGGUCUGCUUGAUAUGCAAGCAAGCUUACUAUGCAGUUUGUAUCAAUUUAAAUCAAAGGUCAUGGUGUAUGAAUAAUACAUUUUUUCUGUUGAAUGAGUCAGAUCAGUGUCAUUUCUAAGCAACUUAUUCUUCAACAAAAACUCUGUCUAAUCCUUACAUCCUGAGAAGUCUGUAUUAUUGACUCCUUUUAAACAAUGUGUAAGAUGAUACCAGUGAAUGAUAACCAUUACACUCAAAAAAGGGGGACAAAUUCUGAGGGGAUGUCUAAACUCUGCAAAGACACCACUCUGAGAGAUAAAGCUCCUACUACACGUGCAUGUAUUACAUACAACAUCGGAGAAUUUGAGUGAUCUCUUUUGAUCAUAACAGUACACAGUAUACGUUUUAUACUGUAUUUUAUGAAAUAGAUUAUGUGAUUGUGAUCAUUAAUGAUGUUAAUACAAUGUCUGAAGUGCUAAAUUUGUGAAUUUUGACUUAGUGGAGUCCAUGUGUCUUAGUGUUUGCAUUGUUUAAUAUCAAGUUGACUUGCAGGCAAUUGAUGCAAAAACUCAUAGUUUUACAAACUCAAUGCAUAUUUCAGCACGUGUGUACAUGCACAAAACACAGACUCUGUAAUAGUGCCUUUACGCUACGUAAGUACCUCAAAUCUCAUCCUUGUCAGCAAAGCCACAAAGCUAGUUUUCAGACCAUCUGUAUUAAGUGAGCAAGAAUUCUCAUUUUAAAAAGAGGAUCAUAUUGUUUUAAUUUUUAGCAGUAUUUUUAGUCAUUGUAAUUCUGUUGGUUGGUACCAUUGAAGUCCAAUGCUGAUUUGAUGUAUUUUAACUUUGAACCUUACAAAGUAUUGGAAUGUUGAUUUUCAGGUGUUUACUCAAAAAUAAUUUUACUGUUGAAAAUCUUGGAAGGUAAACAACAAAAGAGUGAGUUACACAACAAAAUUGCUCGGAGAUGUUAAAAGAUAUCAGCAAAAAAUCAAACAAAAAUACGUCUUGCGUUGUGGCUGUCAAGCCAUUUUUACUUAGCAGAAUAUUUCUAUAUUCAGUGGCUCAAUGGAAUGAGUGCCAGGACACUUCCUUGUGAUUCAUUUCAGAAAUUCACAGUCCAGUUGGAAAAGUGACUAGUUAAGGAGAAUGUUGCAUCUAAAAGAAGAAAACUUUUUCUACCUCAAAUGUCAUCUAAGUGCAUUUUAGUAAGUGUACACGUAAGGCUCCUAAAUCAAUGUAUUUUAACAGCUUUAAAAGGACAGUGUAACUUUCAGAAAAAGAGCUUAAGAAUGAUGAAAUAUUCUGUGAAAAGUUGUGGAAAGCAAAGUUGGAACCAUUCAGGGAUCAUUACUAUAUUCAGAAGAAAAUAAUGAUCACAAAAAUGGUCAAGUUUUGUAGAGCAGCAUUGGUGUCAUACAUGUAGUUAAAAAAUCUGGUCAGAGCAUAUUCAGGUAACAGUUGUAACUUUUAUAAUGAAUUUGUAGUGUGGAUGUAAUAAAAAUUGCUUUAGACUAUUGGAGAUGCAUUGCUAGUUUGGGUUGUUUAUUUUUUAGUGUGUAACGUAUCCAUGGUAACAAUUAAAACAGAUUUUAAAGCA